AUGUCCCGGAGGAAGCAGAGCAAACCCCGUCAGAUAAAGCGUUCUUUUGGGGAUCUGGACGGCGGUGAGGAGACCACGGCCGACACCCUGAGCCUAUCAGGAGAGGAGGGCGGCGCCUCUGACCCGGAGGAUUCUGCAGAAGGUGACAGCUCCAGCCCGCCACCGUACACACCGCUGUACAACGACGAGUCCAGGACGCAGGACUCUGGAGGAGGAGGAGGCGCAGAUGAUGAAGUGGGUGAGGAGGAGGAACAAUCUGCGGAGCACAGUGACGGGGACCAGGAAGAGGAGGGAGGGGAGGACGAGGAAGAGUUACAGUGGAGAUGUCCAGACGACCUGCAGCUGAGUGAUGAAGGUGGCGACGGCAGCAGACAGGUGGUGGCCAUCAGAGACCUCCAGCCUGACACCGUCUGGGGCCCCUACCCAGGAAUCGUCCAAUCAGAAGGCAGCACCGCUGACCAGGAAGCAGAGAAGUCGAGGUUGUCUCUGAUCUGUGAACGUCCAGACUCGUGGAUCAGUCUCCUCCCCCUGACCUCUGACCCCUCAGCAGCCAACUGCUCCGUCUACAGUCGAGGUGAGGAGCUGUUCUGUCAGGUGAGCAGGGAGAUCCCGGCAGGUGAGAAGCUCCUGGCUUCUCUGUCCCCCCCUCCUCCUCCUCCUCCUCCCUCCUCCUCCUCCUCCUCCUCGCCGACAUCCCAGCUCUCUCCUCCCCUCAGCCUGGUUUCUCAGACGCAGCCGGCGGUGAAGGAGGAGCCUCUGUACCCGGCGGCGCUGCACUCAGACAUCCAGCUGCUGCCUCAGCAGGCCGGCAUGGCGGCCAUCUUGGCCACGGCUGUAGUUAACAAGGACAUUUUCCCGUGUAAGGACUGUGGGAUCUGGUACCGCAGUGAGAGGAACCUGCAGGCCCACUUGAUGUACUACUGCGCCAGCCGCCAGAAGCAGCCGGCGGCGGCCUCGUCGCCUCCGCAGGACAAGCCCAAAGACUCGUACCCCAACGAGCGCAUCUGCCCGUUCCCGCAGUGCAACAAGAGCUGUCCCAGUGCCAGCUCUCUGGAGAUCCACAUGCGCACACACAGCGGGGAGCGUCCGUUUGUCUGUCUCAUCUGCCUGUCCGCCUUCACCACCAAAGCAAACUGUGAGCGCCACCUGAAGGUCCACACGGAUACUCUGAAUGGGGUCUGUCACGGCUGUGGCUUUGUCUCCACCACCAGGGACAUCCUCUACAGCCACCUGGUCACCAGUCACAUGGUGUGCCAGCCUGGGUCCCGCAGCGAGGUCUACUCUCCAGGUCCAGGCCUUCCAAAGCUGCCCCUGUCCACCGGUCUGAGCCCAGGAGACUCCGGUGUGGUGCUCAAGUGUCAGGUUUGUGGUCACAACUCCGACUCCCCUGCUCAACUGCAGCAGCAUGUGCGGACCCACCUGGAGGUCAGAGUCCCAGCUGAAAGGAGUCCCACUCCUCGCCAGAAUACCCCCUCCUCGACUGAACAGCCCCAGCUGACCCCGCAAGAAAAAGAGCCCCUGGCUUCUGUUCCUAAACUGGACUCAUCCAGCCCAGGCACUAAUGGAGGUUCAGCCACACCUCCUGACUACAGUCCUCCUGAAGGAGACCUAAAGAUUAAGGAGGAGCCACAGUCAGAGUCUGAGAACGAGGAGCAGCAGAUGGAACUGAAAGAAGAAGGGGAGGAGAAUCCUGGUGCAGAGGAGCUUGAUGGAGAUCCAAGUGAAGCGACUAAAGAAGAGCAAAUAGCCUCCUCCUCUUGCCAGACAUCAGACUCUCCGAAGAGUCCAGCCACCACAACAGUUAAGGCAGAACCGACCAGUCCCACUCCGGGUUCUAGUCCUGCUCCGCUUGUCCCAGGAGGAGCGAUAUUCCUGCCUCAGUACAUGUUCAAUCCUGAGGCAGCCAUCUUGCCCCAGGCAUCAGAAAUUCUGGCUAAAAUGUCAGAGAUGGUCCACAGCCGGCUGAAACACGGCCAGACAGUCGUUCAGAACAACCCGGCUGCCUUCUUCACUUCUGGACCGACAGCAGCGACCGCCACUGGCACUCCACCUCACAAAGGAGCCACCUGCUUUGAGUGUGACAUCACUUUUAACAACAUCAACAACUACUAUGCACAUAAGAGGUUGUACUGCUCCAGCAGGCAUCAGGGAGAUGGCCCAAGCGCUGGUUCUGGAUCAGCUGUCCCAGGUCCGACACCUUCCAGCGGGCCGUCUGGCUCGUCACCUCAGCCUGGGGCGUCGAGCAGAGCAGCCUCCGCCUCGCCAACCGACUCUGAGCCUCCUGCAGGAUCUGGAGCAACAGAAUCCAAGAGGUUGUUGGAGAUGAAGGCCGAAUCCUCGGCAGGCAAAGAGGGAGUCUCCUCCUCCUCUGAGGGCGAAGGAGGAGGAGGAGGAGGAGGAAGAACAAGUGAAGGCAGCCCAAGUCCUGUUAGUGGUUCUGCAGAGGACGUGGAAGAGGACCCCAACAAAACGUUCUGCGAAGCGUGCAACAUCCGCUUCAGUCGUCACGAGAACUACACUGUCCACAAACGGUUCUACUGCGCAUCGCGCCACGACCCGUCCAACCAGCGGUCCAUGCACGCCAAGACCAACGCUGCCGCCUUCCUUCCUCAGCCUAUCCGCACACGCAAGAGGAAGAAGAUGUAUGAGAUUCACAUGGCUAGAACCGAGGCGUUGGCUAAAGCUGCUGCAGCUGCUGCCGCCUCUGCAGCCUCAGCGCCGUCUCCCUCUCUUCUAGGCUUGGUGGUAAAACAGGAAGUCUCUCCCAGUGGUACCGGCAGCUCCAGCCCAGAAGGGGAUGGUCCUAUCGAUCUGAGCAAGAGGCCUCGUCUGAGGGAGACUCCGCGGCAGAGCGGCAUGAGCAGCAGCAGCGGAGGAAUCCUCCCGGCUCUGCCUCUAACCGACUACCACAAGUGCACGGCCUGCAGCAUCAGCUUCAACAGCAUCGAGAACUACCUGGCCCAUAAAACCUACUACUGCCCCGCCACAACGCUCCAGUCCCACACCUUGGAGCAGCUUCACCGGCUCAAGAGAUCCGCCUCAACUUCCCCUAAAAGCAGGCCUCAGCAGGAGCGUUUGGACCUGCUGCACCCCGUUGAAGCUAAAGCUCUGCCGGCGGAGUGGGUUGCCCAGGCUCAAGGGGCAUCGUCCAGCCCCCGCGCCUCUGCUGUACCUGCCUCUGGAGCUACGUCCCCUUCACACAUGAGCGCCACCCUGGCAGCCACUCCAGGAGCUGGGGCUAAAGGUGCCAGUUCUUCUCUUGCGGUCUGCCCAUAUUGUCCCAACAAAGCCCUUACCUGUGACCUGGUGGAGCACUUAAAGACCACUCAUGGUCUGCUUGUAACCGUUCAUCUUCCCCAGGAGACCCCAGCACAAGCGGGUCGAUCAAUCAGCCGCAGCCCCAGCCUCAGUCCCAGAGAUGGAGCCGCCUCCUCCACCCCCUCCAACCAGGCCAGGGUCGCCUCAAGAGUUCACAAAGACAGCAUGAACGGACAGGCCAGGAGCGGUAGAGCCUCCCCCGUCUCCCCCCUGGUGAACGGCAGCCCCUCAGUUGGAGGAGGAUCCCCUUUAGCUGCCUCACCUCUGCCUGUCUCCCCACCAAGAGCUCCCCCCCUGACAAUGUCACCUGUACCUGAUGUUCUGAGAGAGAAGGUGGCGUCCACUCAUCUUCCAGAGAGCACCAUCCCAACAGUGGCGUCUCACCCAGUCCCAGCCCCCGUCACUGGCUCUAAAACCUUGGUGACCCCCCCUGUCCAGAACGGCAACUCCCGCUUCUGUCGGCUGUGCAACAUCAAGUUCAGCAGCCUCUCCACGUUUAUCGCUCACAAGAAGUACUACUGCUCCUCCCACAGUGCCGAGCACGUGAAGUGA